AUGGAAGAUUUUAAUAUUACAUCAACGAAUAUAACUAGAAACAAUGAAAGAUCAUCUACUGGUUCAAUUAUUUUAGUUCUAUCAGUUGCUGUAUUAGUUUCAUGUGUGUUCAAAAUAAUUUUUGUUAAAUUUCUUCGUCAUAGAGUAAAUCUUUCUUUUUAUAUUAUUGUUUUAUUUCUUGGUUUUCUUAUUGGUAUAAUUGCUACUCAAAUACAAGGUGGUUUUAGUGAAGAUGAUUUUCUUCGAGGUGAACAUCAUUUAAGUAAAAUAAGUCCUCAAUUAAUUUAUUAUAUUUUUUUACCAUUAAUUAUCUUUGAUUCAUCAUUUAAUACUCAUUUUCAUAUUGUUAAGCAACAAAUUAUCACAACUAUUUUAGUAGCAGGACCAGGUGUUCUUAUUUCAACAGGAAUUAUUACACUAUGUGUUGUUUAUUUAUUUCCAUAUGAUUAUCAAUGGUCCUGGCUUAGAGGUCUUUUAUUUGGUAGUAUAUUAAGUACAACAGAUCCAGUAACAAUCGUUACAUUGUUACAAGAUUGUGGAGCUAGUCAAUCAUUAUCAUCAUUAAUUGAAUCUGAAUCAUUGCUAAAUGAUGGAUUAGUCUUUAUGCUUUUUUCAGUCUUAAAUCGUAUGAUUGUUGGUAGUUCGUACACUCCUGGACAAAUCAUUUUUGACAUUCUGAGAUAUGGCCUCGGUGGUCCUUUAUUUGGAUUAAUCUGUGGUUUUAUUUGUGUAUUUGUAUUAAAUCGAAUUAAUAAUGAAUUAAAAAUUGAAAUUACAAUAACAUUUGGUAUAACAUAUCUUGUUUUUUAUAUAGCAGACGCUGAACUCAAUAUUUCGGCUGUGCUUUCUCUUAUCUUCAUGGGUUUAUACAUGGCCAAACAUAAAUAUUGUAUAAGUAGUAAUGUUCAAUUAUCAAUGGCUGGAGCAUGGGAGAUAAUCAUAUUUGUUGUAAAUAUUCUAAUAUUUACUGUUAGUGGUCUAAUUUUAGCACAUUCAUUUGUCGGUGUACAGACCAAUUUAACUAGUAGAGACAUUGGAAUAGCUUUAGUACUUUAUCUAUUAAUUCACGUAAGCAGAGUAUUAAUUGUUGGCGUAUUAUAUCCAGUAAUUACAUGGAGUGGAAUGCCUUUGAAUCGAAAAGAAUGUGUGAUAUUUGCAUGGAGUGGUUUACGUGGUCGAACAGCUUUAAUUCUCGUUCUUCUAAUCUAUUUAGAUUCAGAAAUUGAUUGUGCAACUCGUGAACGUUUCCUUUUCCAUAUUUCAUUGAUUGUAUUAUUUACAUUAAUUAUUAACGGAACUAGUAGCAAGUUUUUAGUGAAGAUGCUUGGUCUUCAUAAAGGUACUGUAUCAUGA